AUGAAGCCAUGGAGGACGACUCUUCCGACCCCAUGUCUCUCUUCAGGCCCCCUAUAAUCCGCUCGGCGGGCGCGAUUCUGGACCGCUCCCUCUUCACGAAAAGAGUACCGAUUGCAGCAGCAAGAGUUCUGGACGUCAAGAACAUAUCAAGAUUCAGGGCGCAACUAGAGAAAAGCAAGGAUGCUUUGAGACUGGAAAGGCUCAUCAAUGUUCGGCCAGAUCCAGAUCCAGCCUUGGCAUCGAAAGGAGGGAAAUGUCUACUUUUGAAGCCGGAGGUGAAGCCUGAAGUUCCAGAAACAUGGAGUACAAGUCUACAAGAGGCUGUCAGGGCCGAAGAGCUCAAGGUCAUCCCAUACACUCUUGCACUUGAUUAUGAUUACUGGACCUAUCAUGAUGUUAUGACGGCGUUAUUACCGGAAGAGGCACAGGAAGAGAUACCCGUAGGAUUUGCUAUUGUUGGACAUGUUGCACAUUUGAACCUUCGCGAAGAGUACCUCCCAUAUAAGAAGUUGAUUGCAGAAGUCCUGGUAGACAAGAACGCCGCAGUCCGGACGGUCAUCAACAAGACGGACGACGUUGGCACACAUUCAGAAUACAGAACCUUCGGCUAUGAGGUUCUUGCUGGUGAAGAUGACAUGAAUGUCGAGAUCAGAGAAGGAGAGUGCACCUUCAGGUUCGACUAUUCGAAAGUCUAUUGGAACAGUCGGCUACAGACGGAGCACAAGCGCCUUGUGGAUAUGUUCAAUCCGGGAGAGGUUGUGUGUGAUGUAAUGGCUGGCGUUGGGCCGUUCGCUUGCCCGGCUGGGAAGAAAGGGGUAUUCGUCUGGGCCAACGAUCUCAACCCAGACAGCUACGCUAGUUUGAAGGAUGCUAUAACCCGAAACAAGAUCUCAAACUUCGUCCGGCCCUUCUGUUCCGACGGUCACAAAUUCAUCCAAGCCGCCGCGGACGAUCUCCUCUCCCUAACCGCGACCCACCAAAACACCAUAACCAUCCCCGCCAAACGGUCCCGCAAAGCGCUACCCACGGACCCCAUCCCACCGCCCACCAUCCUCACGAUCCCGCAGACCAUCAACCACUUCGUGAUGAACCUGCCCGCGACCGCGAUCGACUUCCUCGGCUCCUUCACCGGCCUUUACGAAGGCCACGAAGCGCUCUUCGAACCACACACCCAAACCCGUCUCCCUAUGAUCCACGUCCAUUGCUUCUCCACCAAGAGCGAUGAUAACGUGCGCGAAACUAUCGCUAUCUGUAAGCGCAUCUCGGAAAAUUUGGAGUUUGAAAUUAGGCCUGGCGAUCCGGAGGUCGUGGUUCAUGAGGUUAGGGAUGUGGCGCCCAAGAAACGUAUGUUUUGCGCGAGCUUCCGGUUGCCGCCUGAGGUUGCGUUUAGGAAGAGGAGGGUGAGUUCUUGAGGUCUUGUGAGUGAGAGUGGGUGAGAAGGUACGGAUUGUGCUUGGAAGGGGGCUGUGAGAAGCUGUUGCUCGUGGGGAGGAGGUAAAAAAUGGGAGGGGUCCUGGAUGGGAAAAUUUAUGGGAUAGGGUGCUCCUGCGCUUUGGUAGGUAGGAAGAUAUGAUAACAAUUACACAUAUACACUUGCAUAGACAGACAGUAUAUCCAACUACCUUAGGUAGCAAUUCAUACCUAUACUACCUAUAUAUAAGAACAUCGAUCAAGC